CAGGAACACCAGUCGUAUGAUAGCACCCCGGCACGGCCAACCUUCAGAACCACCGACCACCAACCACCGCAACAGCAACAAAAACGACAGCAACAGAAUGCAAGCCCCGAUCCAGUCUUCCCGAGCUCAGAGCUUCGACGAAAUUUACGGACCUCCAGAAAAUUUCCUGGAAAUAGAGGUCAAAAAUCCGCAGACGCACGGGUUUGGGAGGAAGAUGUAUACGGAUUAUGAGGUCGUUUGUCGUACGAACAUUCCGGCAUUCAAGCUCAAAGCCUCUAGCGUCCGACGUAGGUACAGCGACUUUGAACACUUCCGCGACAUACUAGAGCGGGAGUCCUCGCGCGUCACCAUCCCCCCCUUGCCUGGGAAAGUCUUCACGAACAGGUUCUCCGACGACGUCAUUGAGCACCGCCGUGAAGGGUUGCAGAGGUUCCUGCAAAUUGUCGUUGGCCACCCACUGCUCCAGACUGGAAGCAAGGUUUUGGCGUCGUUUGUCCAAGACCCGAAUUGGGAUCGUACGAGUUGGUCGAUUUAAUGGGCACUAAAGUAUUGUGGGGCGUUUGUGCAUGCAUGGUUUUUGUGGGUGGGAAAUACUGACUGGGCGGGAUCAUUUUCCUGUUAAUUUUUUGAUUCUCUUUCGCCCUCUGCUCUUUAUCUUUUGCUCGAAAGGAGAUUGGAUUGAAUUGGAUUGGAUUGGAUUGGGCUGAAGGCUUUUUUUAACUGAAUGAAAGGGAACGGAUUUGGGCUGGGUUGUUGUUACCUCAUUGUUUUUUGUUUUUUUCAUAAUCAAUUAUUUGGUGUUUUGGCGAUUACCCAGCCGACAGCUUA